AUGGCUCAGAUUCUAGAAAAUAUAACCUACAUAUUAUUGGGCCUUCAACGGAGUAUAGAUACCAUUGCCACUACGGUUGCUACCCAAGGCAGUACUCUUGCCGCUCAAGGCAAUACUCUUACUGAGUUGCAAUGCCUAUUUGGGGUGUCCACCACUCAACCACCUCCGGUGACUCAUCUAGUUUCACCUCCACCUCCACCUCCACCUCUACCAGCUGACGAGUUUCCCGAACUUCACUCACUAGAAGAUAUGAGGGUUCCUAUACAAACUUCAGGAGGAUCACUUCCCCUUCAACAACCAACGGGAGUGCUCUUUCCCUCCGAAGCACCUAAGUCUGACCCAACUAUAUUGAAGCUGGCCAAGUUGGAAAAACUUUUCAAAAAGGCACAAUGA